UUGGUGCUCUCUGACCCGAGACGCAGCGCGACCCGGCAGGAAACCCGACAGGAAAUCGCUCCUCCGGCCACUCCACGGCGGCGCGCGGACACCAUCGUCUUUUUCUCGCCAUCGCCAGCAACCCCUUGCCCUUGGAUCAUCCAUGCACUGAACGGAAACGGAGAAUCGACGGCGAGAAGCAACGACUGCCUCGGCGGUUCUGUGGUGUUUUCCGGCGACUCCGGUCACCGAUUUGCUUGCAUGUGCCACGGGGAGUCUGGGCCGACGUGGCAACCCGCCAAGCUGGGUCAAAUUUUUAGUCAUGGGCUUGCCCUUUUUCUUCGACCCAGUCAAGAAAAUUCAUACUUUGGCUGGUUAAGAACCAACCGGUGGAAGCUCCAUUUUGCUUCUCCAUGGUCACCACCUCACCAAAUCUAGGUGAAGGCUGGUCAAGAAGCAACCAGUGGAAAUGCUCUUACAAAACGACUAAAGUCUUAACUACUAGACCACAAGUUGACCUGUAUAUACAACUUUAUAUUGAAUCUUCAUAUGCAAUGUAAAUAAAACAAAACAAACAGAACGAGGAUUCAUUAAUUCUUUUUCAUCAAAUUCAUCAUCCUCUCUUUCAUCAUCAAAUCCUUAUCAAUAAUCUCAACAUCCCAAUAAUCAAUCUAUCUAUUCCUUGAUCUUCAUCCUCUAAUUAAUCUAUAAUUAAUACAUGGUACCCAACUCCAAUUUCAGAUUGGUUUAACUGCUUCAUACCUGGCCACCUACAUUUCGACACAUGGCCGCAUGGAAGGAAGACGUUCUCAAUGAGUACACGAGGAAUGGCCGAAUGGGUGUUGCGUCCCUGACUCCAUUAAUUCAAAUUUCAAGGACAAAACAUUGAAGCAUGGAGCCUCACUUUGCCUUUUCUGAUGGAAAUGACAAAACAAAGCCAAACUCAGAUGUGACCCUUCACUGGGAGACACUUCACUGGGAUCGGAACUGCUCCCAUCUUCUAUCCUUUGCGGCCUGUUGUCGAAGAUAUUCAGAAAACUACUAUAGAGGUCUAUAGUGAUCGAUGUUCAAACUGUGAGAGGGUAUUUUGAAGGCCAUAUAUAGACAGUGGCCGUGAUGUUGCUUAUAGAAAGGUGUAUCCUGUUUGGAAAUGGUAUGAGAAGCAAGAUGGGAUUCGAUCUCUGCAGAAAAAUAGUAAAGAUCCAGCUCCAGAAUUUUACAACUUUUAUCUUGAAAGGCCCAAGGGUGAUGCAGAUGGGUAUGAUUUAGUUGUUGUCGAUGCAAUGCAUAAAGCAACCUAUGCAAGUAGAAUUUGUCACUUGUGCCGACCUAAUUGUGAAGCAAAAGUUACUGCUGUAGAUGGUCGUUACCAGAUUGGAAUCUACACUGUACGUAAAAUUCAAUACGGUGAAGAGAUCACAUUGGACUACAACUCUAUUAAGGAGAGUAAGGAAGAAUAUGAAGCAUCAGAUUGUUUGUGCGGCAGUCAAGUUUGCUGGGGAGGUUACCUGAAUUUGAUAGGCGAAGGAUCAUUCCUGGAGGUGCUGAAGGAUUGUCAUAAAAUUCUGAAUUGUCAUCGUCUAAUGCUGGAAGCUUGCGAGUUAAAUUCAGUAUCUGAGGUGGAUUCACUUGACCUGUGAAGGGCUGGUUUAGGCAACUGUUUGCUUGGUGGGUUGCCAGAUUGAGUGAUUGCAUAUUCAGCUUGUUUGGGGAGGUAAAGCACAACUUAAAAGAAAAGAACAAUUAUUGCUCAGAUACAUGUCGUGAGGUUGAGAAGAGUGAUGCGGAGGCUGACGGUGUGUUCAAACAAAGGGUUCAGAGUUUGGCUGUUACUCUUGACAAGGUGAAGUAUGUUAUGUGCUCUGUAUUUGGCAACCCAAAGAAUGCUCCACCUCCACUGGAGAGGUUAAGUCCAGAAGCGGCUGUUGGCUUUCUAUGGGAGGGAGAAGGAUCAUUUGUUGAGGAAGUCCUUCAGAGCAUUGCUCCUAAUGUGGAGGAACAAUUGCUAAAUGAUUUCAAAUCUCAAAUGCCUACUCAUGAUCCGUCGGGUUCAGAUGACAUUUGGAAAGAACUUGAGGGUUUGUUACUAUGGUUGAGAGAUGAGGUCAGGAAUCUUCCAAGUACAUGCACGUCUAAGCUUAACGCUGCUGCUGACUUGAUCAAUAUUUAUGCAUGCAGAAGGAACUACAUUAGAAUACGGGAAUACAAACCAGUGAAUUCACUGCCGGUAUACAUUAGUCCGCUUGACUUGGGGCCCAAGUACACUGACAAAUCGGGGGCAGGUUUUCAGGAGUAUUGCAAGACUUUUGGGGAGAAUUAUUGUUUAUGGCAGCUAAUUUUUUGCUAUAAUCAGCCUAAUGCAGAGUCAGAUUGUAGUAUUGCUAGAGCAAGUAGGGAUUGCUUAUCAUUACCUGAUAACGAUUCCUCCUAUGCCGAGAUUUCGGAACCUUCAUGGCCGCUUGUGUAUGGUCCAAAGGCUGUCAAAUGUAUGCUUUCGAGGGUGGAUGUGUCAAAUACCAAGGACGGAAAGGCACAGAUGAAGGAUGAAAUUGGAGAAGGGACAGAAGUUGAGGUUUCCAGUGAUGAAGAUGGAUUUCAAGGCUCAUGGUUUGCAGCCAUUGUUGUCCAGGUAUUGGGGAAGGUCAAAUUUGUUGUUCAGUAUAAGUGCUUAAAAACAGAUGAUGGUAAAGAGUUCUUGACAGAAGAGAUUGAUGCAUAGCACAUAAGGCCUUAUCCGCUUGCAGUUGUUAUGGUUGAUUGUUAUAGCACAAUCAACCAUAACAACUGCAGACAGACAAUGUCUUAUGUGCUCUGCUUCAAUCUCUUAUGUCAAGAACUCUUUACCAUCAUCUGUUUUUAAGCACUUAUACUGAACAAGAAAUUUGACCUUUCCCAGCACCUGGACAACAGUGGCUGCAAACCAUGAGCCUUGAAAUCCAUCUUACUGAACCAGGAGUUAUGGGGGGCGAUUUGCAAUCAUACUGAACUCAGUACGUCACAGAUGGGCACAUAUAAUAACCUUAUAUUUGACAAUAAGUUAAUUUUAUUGAUUACACACUGAUUCAAAAUGUAUGAAAAUGCAAUAACAAUGGUUAAUCAUA